AUGGUGCUCAGUCUGUAUGUUGUUCUCUUCUUAGCUUUACAUCUCUUGCCUGGAAUGAAAAGCUCAAUGGUAAAUUUGAAUAACAAUGGAUAUGAUGGCAUUGUAAUUGCAAUUAACCCUGGGGUACCAGAAGAUGAAAAACUCAUUCAAAACAUAAAGGAAAUGGUAACUGAAGCUUCAACUUACUUGUUUCACGCCACCAAACGAAGAGUUUAUUUCAGGAAUGUAAGCAUUUUAAUUCCAAUGACCUGGAAGUCAAAAUCUGAGUACUCAAUCCCCAAACAAGAAUCAUAUGACCAGGCAGAUGUCAUAGUUGCCAAUCCUUACCUAAAAUAUGGAGAUGAUCCCUAUACACUUCAAUAUGGACAAUGUGGGGAAAGAGGACAAUAUAUACAUUUUACUCCAAACUUCUUGUUGACUAAUAAUUUGCCUAUCUAUGGGUCCCGAGGCAGAGUGUUUGUCCAUGAGUGGGCCCACCUCCGAUGGGGAAUAUUUGAUGAGUAUAAUGUGGAUCGGCCAUUCUAUAUUUCCAGACGGAACACUAUUGAAGCAACAAGAUGUUCAACUCAUAUUACUGGCAUUAAUGUGGUUUUCAAGGAAUGUCAGGGAAGCAGCUGUAUAACAAGGCCAUGCAGGCGUGACUCACAGACAGGGCUGUAUGAAGCAAAGUGUACAUUUAUCCCAGAAAAAUCCCAGACUGCAAGGGACUCCAUAAUGUUUGUGCAAAGUAUCGAUUCUGUAACUGAAUUUUGUACAGCAAAAACUCACAAUACAGAAGCUCCAAACCUACAAAACAAAAUGUGUAGUAGCAGAAGCACAUGGGAUGUAAUUAUGGACUCUGAUGAUUUUCAGAAUGCAUCUCCCAUGAAAGGAACUGAUCCACCACCUCAUCCUACAUUUUCAUUGCUGAAGUCCAAACAGCGAGUAGUCUGUUUGGUACUUGAUAAAUCUGGAAGCAUGAGUUCAGAAGACCGUCUCUUACGAAUGAAUCAAGCAGCAGAACUAUACUUGAUUCAAAUUAUUGAAAAGGGAUCUUUGGUUGGGAUGGUCACGUUUGAAAGUCUGGCUACAAUCCUAAACUACCUAACAGAUAUAAUUGGCGAUAAUGCUUAUGAAAAGAUCACUGCAAAUCUGCCUCGAGAAGCUAGUGGUGGAACUUCAAUUUGCAGUGGUCUCAGAGCAGGAUUCCAGGCAAUUAUCCACAGUAACCAGAGUACUUCCGGUUCUGAAAUCAUAUUACUAACAGACGGGGAAGAUGAUCAAAUAAGCUCAUGCUUUGAGGAGGUAAAGCAAAGUGGUGCAGUCAUCCACACCAUUGCUCUGGGACCUUCUGCUGCCAGAGAACUGGAGACCUUGUCAAAUAUGACUGGAGGAUAUCGUUUUUAUGCCAAUAAAGACAUAAAUGGCCUUACUGAUGCUUUUAGUAGAAUUUCAUCUAGAAGUGGCAGCAUCACUCAGCAGGCUAUUCAGCUAGAAAGUAAAGCCUUGAAUAUUACAGGAAGAAAAUGGCUAAAUGGUACAGUACCUGUGGAUAGUACAGUUGGAAAUGACACUUUCUUUGUUGUCACAUGGACAAUACAAAAGCCAGAAAUUCUUCUCCAAGAUCCAAAAGGAACAAAAUAUGAAACCUCAGAUUUCAGAGUAGAUAAACUAAAUAUUCGGUCUGCCCGUCUUCGAAUACCAGGUAUUGCAGAGACAGGUACUUGGACUUACAGCCUUCUAAAUAAACAUGCCAAAUCUCAAAUGCUAACGGUGACAAUGACUACUCGAGCAAGAAGUCCUACCACACUCCCGGUAAUUGCAACUGCUCACAUGAGCCGAAGUACAACACAUUAUCCUAGCCCAAUGAUUGUUUACGCACAAGUCAGUCAAGGGUUUUUGCCUGUUCUGGGAAUCAACGUAACAGCCAUUAUAGAAACCGAAGAUGGACAUCAAGUAAUACUGGAGCUCUGGGACAAUGGUGCAGGCGCUGAUACUGUGAAGAAUGAUGGCAUCUACUCAAGAUAUUUUACAGAAUACCAUGGAAAUGGUAGAUACAGUUUAAAAGUACAUGCCCAAACAAGAAAUAACAUGGCUAGACUGAGUUUAAGACAACAAAACAGAGCUAUGUAUAUACCAGGCUACAUUGAAAAUGGUAAAAUUAUACUGAACCCACCCAGGCCUGAAGUCAAAGAUGACGUGUCAGAAGCUAAAGUAGAAGACUUCAGCCGACUAACCUCUGGAGGGUCAUUUACUGUAUCAGGAGCUCCUCCUGCUGGUAGUCGUACUCCUGUGUUCCCACCUGGCAAAAUCACAGACCUUGAGGCUAAGGUUAAAGAGGAUCACAUUCAACUUUCAUGGACUGCCCCUGGCAACGUCCUUGACAAAGGAAAAGCCAACAGCUACAUUAUAAGAAUAAGUAAGUGUUUCCUGGAUCUCCAAGAAGAUUUUGACAAUGCUGCUUUAGUGAACACUACUAGUCUGAUACCUAAGGAGGCUGGCUCAAUAGAAAAUUUUGAAUUUAAACCAGAACCUUUUAAAAUAGAAAAUGGCACCAAAUUCUAUAUUGCAAUUCAAGCCAUCCAUGAAGCUAAUCUCACCUCAGAGGUUUCUAACAUUGCACAAGCAACCAAGUUUAUUCCUCCGCAGGAAUCCAGUGUCCCUGCUCUGGGUACCAAGAUUUUUGCAACCAGUUUGGCAAUUUGGGGAUUAGCUGUGAUUUUAUCUAUAUUUUAA